AUGUCUGAUAUUCAGAUCCGCGAAGCGAGUUACGCGGAACUGCCUAGGAUUGCUCACAUCUUGGCAAAGGCAUUUUGGGAAGACAACUUGUUUGGUCAGCUCAUACAUCCUCAUCGAAAUGAGUAUCCUGACGAUGUAGACUUGUACUGGCUGAGGCGAGCACGCGUCAACUUCUGGGAUCCCCGUCGACGAUGGCUCGUUGCUAUAGAAAAGGACAAGAGCGGUCAAGAGACUAUUGUCGGCAUUGCGCAAUGGGAACGGUUGGGAGACGGGGGCAAGAAACUCGAGCGCUGGACUUUGGAUCCUCGAAAUAUUUCCAAGCCGUUAUCCUCAGCUGCCAUGAAGAUUCAUGCUCUAGUCUGGCCCAACCGUGCAAGUGACCCAGGGGUAGAAGAUAUUAUAGAAAGGUCCUACCCUCACUUUGACAGUAUUUGGAGCGGCAAGCGUGCUGAAUCGUGGUAUCUCGAAGCACUGGCUGUAGAUCCAGAUUACCAAGGCAAAAAUAUAGGUCGGAGACUCGUACAAUGGGGGCUUGAGCUGGCUGAAGCAGACGGAGUCUGCGCGUCGGUGGUCAGUGCCUUUGGAAAAGAUGAGUUUUAUAGGAAAUGCGGGUUUGAUGAGCAAUAUGGCAACGCCGGACAAGGCGACGGGAAUCCUUUGGCGGGUAUCGAUGGAGCUAAUAUAUUUUGGAAAUGGCCCAAGUCUAGCUCUUAA